GGUCCGACACCGUUAAAUUAUCCCACUUUCUCCGGGCACGACCAAUUUCCCAUGGAAACGCAGAGAAGCACGUCACUCCAGCUUCACUGUCAUCGUUGAUGCUAGCCACUAGCGCCUUGGCGUCAACCCACUCUCUUUAAAAGCAGAGCUCGCCCACCGUUUUCCUUCCUCCUACAUCUUCUUCCACUUCGCUCCUCACUCCUCCACUUCACUUCUCCUCCACCUUACUUCUCCACCUCACCCCCCAACCUCACUCUUCUUCACCCUUUUAGGUAGUGAACCUCAAGCGUUCACCACCUUCACACUCCUUCAACAACGGCGAGAGCCAUCCUUCAUCUAUAGCGCACUGCAGGCUAGGUCGUUACCAGCACGUGCGAGAUGGAGAUUCGCCGCAAGAAGGAUGCUAGACCUACCUACGGCGAGGGUUUGAAGGUCCUCGUAGGCCCCAAGGAGGUACCGUUUUUCGUUCACGAAGGACCGGUCCGAGUUUCGUCCAAAUUCUUCGACAAUGCGAUGAAGGGGCCUUGGACAGAAGCUGCCGAGCGAUGUGUGCGCCUAAGGGAUGAUGAACCAGAUGUGUUCUCGAUCUACCACGAUUGGCUCUAUACUCGCAUGCUUUCAACGGCACACGACGUGGGAGGCGUCGAAGGGAACCAAGAGUACAUCGAUCUCUGCAAGGCCUACUGCCUUGGAGAAAGUCUCAUGGACGACAAUUUCAAAAACGCGGCCAUCGAUGCCAUAAUCCACAAAAAUCUCACCCCCGCAAGCGACCGCCAGAGAUGGUAUCCGGUUGGUAUGGCAAUACGCCACGCGUAUGACGGUACACCACCGGGCUCGCCUCUUCGGAAACUCCUUGUGGACUUUUAUUCUAAGCACGCACGGGUGUCAUGGUUUUCUGAUUAUACUUCGAAGGAUGAAAUGCCCAAGGAUUUUCUAUAUGAAGUGACCCUCGCACUUGUUACGGUGAGAUCUAGGACUGACGACAGAGACGCAUGGGAAAAUCCAGUCCAGGUCAAGAGCCUGUACCACUCUCAAACCAAGACAUAGAGGGGUUUCUAGUAGGGAGGAAGCUUGGACUAGUGCAAGUUGGGGGAGACCACAUUACCUAGCCAAAAGCCUACAUGCGGCUGCUUGCCACAAUACCUUAACAUUAUGAUUGAAUCAG